AUGUUUCGGGGCCUCUCGAGAUUGGCAACUUCGGCACCUUCCAGGCUGUUUAGAGGUCUGAAAGUGAUACCAAAAUAUAGCCGUGGACUCACACUAUCACCAGGGCAAUUUACAGCGGUGAAGAGAUGGGGUACGGUCAUCAACAUCAUCGCUGGAGCUUACAUUGGAGGCUUGAUUGUAUGCGGAGGGCUGUUAUAUUUCAUGUAUCAUGAUGCAGACACCCGUCAAAACAUUCCUUUCGAAUUGAGCUUCCAGAACCAAGUCACAGCAGUUAAGGCAAUCAAUAAAGACGAUGUACUCAAAAGUCCUCGUUAUGCGGUGAAACAUUAUCGGCGACUUUUGAUCGAGUUGGCAAAAAAUGAAGAUCAUCUGCUUCAAUUUGAUGACGAUAUACAGGGACUGGAACGGUACAUGGUUCCUAUUAUAGACCCCCACACACUUGUGUACAAAAAAAGCCACAAAUUUUCAAACUUUUAUAUCGAUAUUGUGUUGCGUUAUGCUCGUGCUUUAUUUGCAAAAGGUGAACUUGCACCGGCUGUCGAUAUACUUCUGAGAAUUAUCGACAAUGACGACAUUUUCUAUAAACUUGGAGACGCAGAAAGACUCUCGCAAUGCUGUCGUUUACUCAGCAAAAUGUGUCCGGAUAUUACCGACAAAGUUUCGUACCUUCAGCGAAGUUUGGACAUGCUUCGAGCAACAUUUCCUGGCAUUCAGCUUGGUCCCGAGUAUACGCUAGAACAGGGGUCUCUUUUUACAGACGAGACCGUCAAUUGUCUUCUGCGCUUGGCUUUCACUAUGGCUCGUGCUUCUACUCAAGCAAAGGGAAAGGACGAAUUACUCAACCAAUCGCUUUCAAUAUACUUGUCAUUGCUCCGGUCCUUAUCUCUGGCGAAUACCCUUCUUGAAUCCGGCACUCGUACUCAAGCUUCGUAUCCACUUUUCAACUGUGACCCUCUUAAUCUUCGGAUGACUAUGGCGGAAAUUAAAGCACAAAUCAGCGAAAUCAUGUGGGCAAAAGGCUACAAGAAGAAUGCUGUUUCCUGGGGUGAAGAUGCAGUGGAGGGAAUUUUUCAGGACCAAGCUAGCACUGCCAGAGCAGGACCAAUCUUGGUGAAUACGCUCGGCAAUUUGCAAAAGAUGUACGAUCGAAUGGGUGAUAUAAAACGACGCAACCACUGCCAGAAGUUAAAGGACCAGUUGGUCGUUUACGAAGGUGAGGAAGUAUCGUGGUAUGACAGCGUGAUUGCCAGAUUUAGUAAGAUUAUUUACAGAUCAGGACCACUUGCAAUCAUCGAAAAGUCUCUCAGCGAGCGGUUUGGAAGCCCCAAACGAGUUCUCGAGUUGGAAGAGUUCGAGGACGAAGACGUGGAGUAG